AUGUGUGUACAUCCACCAAAUAAGCGCCAUUGGCGUCUUUAUUACCUUCUUGAACUUGAUGAAUCUGUAACGUCAAAGCAGGUGAAAUGGAACUUCCGUAGGGUAUCGCUGCGUAACCACUACCAACAGGCUUACCUUGUGCUUUACAGCCGUACGCGAAAGCAUCUGUACGAUGCCCUUGGGGAGGAGGUGUACGGCUUUAUAGCUAGUGGUGCGUGGGGGCCACUCAUUUCGAUUCUUGGCGCCACCAGCUCUAUUAUCAUCUACUGCCUAACUAUGUUGAUCCAGGUAGGGCUUCUCGGCCUCUUUUUUGUUUUCCUCGCGGCGAAGAUUGAGAAUGUCAUGACUCUGGAAUGGGAUGACGUGAUUCUCCCCCUUAUCAUUUUCGGCAUGAUUAUGUGUUUUUUCACAUUCCUUUCUAUUCUCGUCAACUUGACUAGCACGAAAAGCUAUAAAGAGGGUUUAAAUUUUGUUGAUCGCCUGUCGCCCAUUGGGAAUUGCCUCGCGGCGGUGUGUUAUUCGUGCGUGCCCUUUGUGAUAACCUCUGCUUUGACGAAAAACGAUGAUAAGGGAGUUGGGCAUUACAUGGUCUAUUUGUCUAUACUUAUUUUAGGGGAUAUCUUUUACUAUUUGACCUCAUUGAUUUGGCGUUGGCCGAACCGCAUACGUCUCCAGAUGCAGAUUGACGAUAAACGAAAAAGGUCGUUGAUUUGCUACGGCAUUUUUCUCAUGGCCUUCCUUCACCUGAGUUGUGGAAUUGCGCAGUGGGUUCUGUUAGCGCGGAAGAUCGAUCAGAGGUUCAAGCACUCGUGGUAUAUCGUUUUUAUCCCAUUCUGCGUCCGUGCGGGUCUGUGUGUGAUAGAAGUUGUUUUACGUAGUUCCAUGUUCUACACCAUGCGGGUUCGAAACAAGGCCGGGGUUGCCUUUGACGUUCUCGUGUCCUUUUUUAGUAACGGCAACCUGCUCAUCUCUCUUUACCUGGUGGCGGCCUUCCUUGAGCGGGGGGGCCUCGGGUACUCCUUUUUCUACCUCCUCAUUCCCGUUUACGCCAGGCUGGGCUACGUUUUCGUCUGUCUGAUCCUGACGAUGAUUUUGCUGCUUCGGCGGGUUUCCUGCAGCACGGCGAGGGAGAAGCGCACCAACCGGCUGUGGAUCCCCGAGAACGAGAAGAAUCUUUCCCUGCUCGGCUCCAAAUCCACCCAGGCGGUGCCGGGGAGCGAGCCCGGCCCGUGCUCGAAUUGGGGGCCUGACGAGGCCAACAGCCGAGGAUCCUUCGGCCCGCUUUUGAUCGACGCGGGGCCAUCCUUGGAGAGGUCACCCUACGGGGCGAGCCGCGAGGGACUGGCCCGAACCGCACGUUCGCGAACUUCACACUCGCGAACCUCACACUCGCGAACCUCACAUUCGCGAGUUUUGCACUUGCGAAACCCACACUCACGAUCCCCAAAUUCGCGAAUUCAGCAUUCUCGAAGUCCGUAUUCUCAAAAUCCACAAUUUAGGCGCUCCGCCGUCCACAGGGACCCCUACCAGGUGGCCACAUCCUCCACCGAUGAAUACGAGAGCUACUCCACGAACAAGAGGGGUUUGGAUCUCUGUACCGAGGGUAGCUAUGAGUACGUGUCCGAUUAUGAGUAUUUAGAGGGUAGUCAGCCUAAUAGCGCGUCCUCGUCAGUAGUGUCUAGUCCGAUUUUAAAACCACAACAUGCGAAGUAA